GUGCGGUUGGAUCGCGGUGGUGGUCGCGGUGGUGCGUGCGUGCGUCCGUUCGUUCGUUCGUGCGAGUGAUCGAAUAGAGCACAGAAAGGAGAGAGGGAAGGACGACUACUCCCUGCCUGUCCUGGUCGCGGAGCUAUCUGUGUCUUUGGCGCGAGGGUGGCACCGACGAGAUGCGCGCGUGCCGAUAACGAUAAGGCCGCCAGGGAUGUGCCUAGCGGGGGGCGCUCGGGCCCUCCUGCUCUUGGCGCUCGUGCUGUGCCAGCGUGCCGGCCGCGUCGAUGGGAAGAAUGAUAACUAUCAGAUGACCGACAUUUGCAAGAAGUACUUCCUGCGGGAUCUCUACAGGAAGAUCGACGGCGCCGUUCUUACUUCGCAAAAUGAGAGGGACCUCAAUUGCGCCAUUACUUUUCAGACUCACAGCAUCCUACAGCGGUUCAUGCUCCGAUUCGAUCAGCUGCAUCUAGACUGCAACGACCAUCUCUACAUCUACGAUGGCGCGCACGCGGUCGGCAGUUACAAAGCAGACCUAUCCUGCAGGAACACGAAGCAGUCCGUGGGCGCGAUUUACACGCGCACCAACUUCGUGACGUUGAGAUACGUCACCGACGCCUGGGGCACCAAGGAGAACGGCUUCCGCCUCGUCAUCACCGCCGUCAAGGAUCCGAAACACACCUGCAAGGACUUCCGGUGCACUCAGAAUGAAUUUUGCAUCGAGACGGAUCUGCUGUGUGACGGCGUGAACCAUUGCGGCGACGGAUCCGACGAGGCCACUUCCACCCUCUGUGCCAACUCCGAGGCAUCAACGAUCCUGGGCAUGCAGACUACUUGGUUCGCCGUCGCCCUUGUUUUUCUGAUACUCAGCGUAGGCUGCCUAGUAACGGCGACGGUUCUCUGCUUUUUCAGGAAGCAUGUUCUUACCCCGAGGCACCCCCAUAACGCGCACAAUGCUCAGUCUCAUCCCCCAGUCAGCUUCCCAUGGAUUCCAAGCUCGUCGCGGCUCGUCUCGUACGUGUUGAUCUAUCGUGGAGUUUCGCCGACGACGACGUCCGACGACCGGUCGCCGAAGCGGCCAGUUUCCUCCAGACUCCCGAGCGGAAUCGUUCGUCCCUCCGUGCGACACCGCGCUCGAAGUGGAGUCGUUCACGACGGACGCGAGAUGACGACCACCAAGCGGGGUGGUUACGCAACGCGGAGGACCCUCCUGACGUUUCUCCUGAUCGUCGUCGAGCUCUCCGCGGCCGCGCAAACCUUCGUGGUGAGCAAUGCAAUAGACGACAAGGACUACUUCGUGGGGCCCUGUCUGGUCAACACCAACCAGACCUGCCCCGACGAGGAGGUGACGUUCUACCUCUACACCAAACACAAUCCUGACGUGGGGCAACGAGUGCUGGUGAACGGAUCAGGCUCGAAUCUUGCCGACACCAAUUUCGUGGCGAAGUCACCCACGAAGAUCAUCGUUCAUGGUUAUAACUCGGACAUGCAGUUGGGCUAUUUGGUGGACAUUAGGAACGAAUACCUGAGGAAGGGCAGGUACAAUCUGAUCGCGCUCGACUGGCACCGUUUGGCGAUCGCGCCGUGUUACCCGGUGGCCGUUCACAACGUGCCUCACGUGGGCGAUUGUCUGGCGCAGCUGGUGGAACGUCUGAGGGAUUACGGAGCGACGGAAAUCCACGUGAUCGGCUUCAGCCUGGGCGCCCAUGUACCGGCCUUCGCCGCCAACGCGCUGCGUCCUUAUCGGCUGUCGAGGAUCACCGGUCUCGACCCAGCGAUGCCGCUUUUCGUCACCGUGAACAGAGAUGAGAAGCUUGACGCGAGCGACGCCGAGUUUGUCGACGUGCUGCACACGAACGCAUUUAUCCAGGGCAAGAUCGAGGCGAGCGGUCACAUCGAUUUCUACAUGAACGGCGGGGUUAACCAACCCGGCUGUUGGGAGCAACGGAAUCCUUUCGGCUGCAACCAUCACAGGGCUGCCGCGUAUUUCGCUGAGUCGAUUAACUCGAACAUCGGUUUCUGGGGCUGGCCUUGCCCCGGAUUCGUGGCUUAUUUACUGGGUCUUUGCCCGGCCAGGUUCCCCGCGGUGCUCAUGGGCGAAAACGUCAAUAGGACAUGUCAGGGAUUUCAUCUGGUGAAGACGAAGGCGCAAAGCCCAUAUGCAGAGGGGAAGUUUACGGUUGACCAGCAGGAUCUUUAUGUGUGAUCGUAGAACGAUCGAUUUCUCCUACGCAACUUUAAAAUGAUUCCCCUUCAGAUAACAUUAGGUGUGUUCGUAGAACUGUGGGUGGAGAAAUUGCGCAAUUAAGUUGAUAACGUAGUGCGGAAUUCUCGGAUUUUUCUAGAUUUUCUCUGAUUAAUUUAAAUUUCAAUGAUCCUUCUCGUUUUUCCAAGUCUAUGACAACCCUGAAAAGUCUCUUAAAGCAAUUUUAAGACUUUUACUAUUCAUACUUUAUAAAUAUAAUUUCCUAUCUGUCUCUAAGUAUAUUAAACGCAUUAUCUACGCACUUUCAGUUUUAUUUCCGUUGUGUACCACAUGAACUCAAUAAAAUAUUAAUCAAAUCUCUGAGGACGUAGAAGCCGUCAGCAACUGGACAUGUGAAAAUAAAUUAAAAUUUAAUUUAAAUAAGAAGCAGAGUGUAACGCGUGAUGGGACGUUUCAUCUCUUCAUCGGCCUCAUCUGUGUGUCGGAGUUACAUCAUUUCAUGUAAUAAGGCGACGGUAGAUGAAUGCUGGGAAAAGACUGCCGUGAUUUUCUGAGAAACGAAUAACAGGUCGUAGCUCAAACUGGUUGCGGUGGUUUUGGAUUGAUAACAAGAAUAUUCUUCAUGGAACGAGCUGGGGUCUUAUUACGAUGGUGAUUGUUCUACCUGUUCGUUCAAAAUCUGGUAGAAAUUUGAAACGGGCACUAAUUUAUACAGUUUUUCCCCACUUCUAUCUAUGCACUGUAAGGACAACUCUAUUUAGGCCCUACAUAAAAAUGUAAUGCUCGUAUAAAUUAGAUCCUAUUUUGGCGUGCUUAAUUAACAUUUUUAGGAAAUAUCAAAAAUUUACUUUAAUCAAUUGAUUAAUCGAUUAAAUCUUCUCUCUACACGUUGCCAUGAAGGUUACCAAUGACCGGCGCUGUGAUAUUAUUUGCAUCUUGUUAAGUCGCGUAUAAAAUAUGAUUAAUUGCAUUUAUCAAAUGGGCUAUACAGCCAAUACAUAGUCAAUGAAACGAGGUAAGAGAUAUAUAUAAUGCCUGAAUUGUAUUUAUUGAUUGUACCUUUCGCGAUGUAAUCACUAGUUAGACCAAUACGAAACAAUUUGAUUUUAUAGGAUUAAAGAUAACA